AUGGAUCAAUACGCGUACGAAAACUACGACAAUACAAAUGAAUCCGCUGAGGAGAAAGUGAGACAAAUGUUGAACAAAGAUAUGAAUACUGAAAAUAUUCAAUGUCGUGUACUAAGUCUUCUUAUAAAUGUGAACGACAAAUGUGCCAGCAAUGAUGUAUGGUCUAACGAUUUGCUGGUGCAGUAUAAAGAGAAGUUGAGUAACCAAGUCAGUGCCACAACCAUGCAAAUAAAGUCAGUCCUAACAGGUGUACUGAUGGAAGCAAUGCCCGUGACCAAAAUCGAGCCAGUAUUCAUUUAUUCAAACGAGAAUAAACUGGGAGUACAAUUUAUGGUACGUGUGCAAGCAAAUCGACACAAUGUGGAAGAUCCCACGGUGCAAAAACUUCUCCUCAAUAGAAUUGAUCAAGGAGGAAUUUGCUUUAACGCUAUUCCGACGGGAACCAAAAUUAUGAGUAAGCUAUCGUUUGAUCACAAGCAAACGCGCAUGAGAAGAUUGGCCGACUGCAUUCACAGAUCUAACGCCCACAAUUUGUCUUAUAUGACAGACUUUUAG